UCUUGUGUAACAUCUUUUUCUCAUUAAUGCUGCACAUGGCAUUUAAAGGUUGUGAUAAGGGCGUCUACAGACGAUUUCACAUUGAUGGUGGGAUAUUCAAUCUUCAACAGAUGUCAGCAAAAACAAAAGUCAAAGAAUUACUUGUUCGGGAACUACUCUUUGCAGAUGACUGUGCACUUUUUUCUCAUACUCGGAGUGACAUGGAACUUCUUAUAGACAGGUUCUCUGAUGCAGCGUGUAAACUUGGUCUUGUGAUUAAUUUGAAGAAGACUGAAUUAAUGGUACAAGCUAGACCUGGUAACUCUAUUGAACAAUCAAUCAUUACAGUUGAAGACACACCUCUGAAGAAUGUAAACAAAUUUUGUUAUCUUAGAAGUAGCAUGACGAAAAAUUUAGCAAUGGAUGAAGAGAUCUCCUGUUGCAUUACACAGGCAGGUUCAGCUUUCGGAAAACUAACCAAACGUGGCAGGAGCAUGGUAUACGUUUACAAACCAAAAUCAAUGUAUAUCAUGCUGCUGUUAUAUCAACUCUACUAUAGGGGUCUGAAACGUGGACGCUGUAUCGCAAGCAUAUCAAGAGCUUACAGUUUCCAUAUGAUGUGUCUACGCAAAAUAGCUGGGAUUAAAUGGCAAGACUUUGUUUCUAAUACGGAAGUUCUUAAUACCUGCAAUAUAGAUGCUAUUGGAACGUUUUUGCUAUCAGCACAAUUUUGUUUGUCGGGUCACCAGUUCGUAUGGAAGAUGAGAGAAUACCAAAAGUCAUGUUGUUCUAUGGAGAAAUAAAGGAGGAUGUACAUUCAAAGGGAGGUCCUAAAAACGGUUCAAUGACAGUCUAAAGGCAAACCUAAAGUCUUGCAACAUUAAAUUUUCAGCUUGGGAGAAAAUAGCUAUUGACAGUCCAUUAUGGAGAUCAACAUGCAGAACUGCCAUUGACCAAUUUAAGCAAUGUUGCUGUGCAACCCUAAUAUUCAAACAACAAACCAGAAAAGCAGGCAGUCAACAAAGCACCCAAUACAUUUGUAACAUCUGUGGUCGCAUAUGUGGAUCUCGUAUUGGGCUGUUUAGUCACAGUCAAAGCCACAAAUGAGAUUUGUUGAAAUCGACAACUCAGUCCAUCGUUUCUGUGUGUGUGUGUGUGUGUGUGUGUGUGUGUGUGUGUGUGUCUGUGUGUGUGUCUGUGUCUGUGUCUGUGUAUUUCUGUCUGUAUGGCUGUGUG